AUGUCCGAAUACGGAUCGCUCAAGCCUGACUAUGCGGAUAUAGAAGGCAACCCGCGUCUUCCCUUCUACGCCGUUCGCAACCGCGAUAUUCGGGCCUACCUCGCUGAAUUUAUUGGCACCUUUAUUCUGGUGUUGAUCGGAGAUGGUUCCGUCGCCCAAUAUGUUCUUGGUGGUGGCAAUGCGGGUCACUACUUGUCGGUAAACCUCGCCUGGGGUAUUGCACUUUUAUUCGGCAUCCAUUUUUCGGGUGGUAUUAGUGGUGGUCACCUCAAUCCAGCAGUAACACUGACCUUGGCAGCGUUUGGACGCUUUGAGUGGUACAAGCUUCCUGGUUACUUUAUUGCCCAGAUCCUAGGUGCCUUUGCUGCCGCGGGGGUAGUGUUUCUCGUAUACUAUCCAUGGUUUGACGUUCAAGACCCGGAACGUUUAACUACUCAGGGUAUCUUUGCCACAUACCCCAACGAGCAGAUCCCCAAUUGGUGCGGUCUUGCUAACGAAAUCGUAGGCACGGCUCUCCUUGUCAGCGGCAUCUUCGCUGUCGGUGACAAUCGCAACAAACCCGCUAGUCCCUACACCUUCCCGGCUGCUGUAGCUCUGAUGUUAACCUGCGUGGGUAUGGCGUUUGGCCUUGACACUGGCUACGCUUUGAAUCCAGCUCGUGACUUUGGUCCUCGUCUUUUUACUUUCUUUGCUGGAUGGGGCUCGAAAGUUUUCACGGCUCGAAGCUUCUACUUCUGGAUCCCAAUCGUUGGUCCGUUUGUUGGCGGGAUGCUUGGUGCUGGCAUGUACGUGGGCCUCAUUGAGAACUUUCACCCACACGAGUAG